AUUCAUUCAUUCAUGAUGGUAUCCCAAAACUUCUCGCAUUGUUGCUUUCCUUUGCUCCACAAUCUCUUGUUUCUUCUCCCCGCCCUCUCUCCUUUUACCAGCCUCGUUUUCUCGGUUGUGAGCUUUGCUUGUACCAGACCAUUAUGACAAAAGAUGAAGUUACCGAAGCCGAACCACCAUCUUCGGUGAGAGAUUUACCAGAUGAGAAAGAUGCUCUAGGCAAAGAUGCGAAUGACUCGACUUCUACUGUUAGUACGGGUGAAGAGCGGAAGUUUGCACGCAUACGAGACAAUGAGUAUGCCAGGUCUUUUUGGAGAUUCAUCACGUGGACUCCGAAGCGAUGUAGAUGGGAUCCUGAAUCACCCCCUCAGUUCAGUAUGGGCUUGAACGUACUGUUCGCUUUUGCUGGCACUUUCACAGUUGCAAAUCUCUACUAUAACCAUCCCAUCUUGAAUAUUCUGGCAGAAGAGUUCAAUGUCUCCAACGAGAGAGCUUCUCAAGUCCCUACGGUCAUGCAAGCAGGCUAUGCAGUAGGGUUACUCUUCCUGUGUCCACUUGGCGACAUAUUUCGACGGAGAGCAUUCGUGCUUAUCCUAGUUUUCUUCACAGCUACCUUUUGGGUUGGCCUAUGCAUAACGAAAUCAUUCUCAGUCUUCCUUGCAAUAUCAUUCAUCACAGCCGUCUCGACGGUCACACCACAACUCAUGCUCCCUCUAGUCGGAGACCUUGCACCACUCCACCGUCGAGCCACAGCCCUCUCAAUCGUCGUCUCCGGUCUCUUGCUAGGAAUGCUCAUCGCCCGUCUCCUAUCCGGAAUUCUCACCCAAUACACUAGUUGGCGAACCAUCUACUGGUUCUCCUUCGGCGUGCAAUAUCUCAUCCUAAUCCUCCUCUUCUUCUUCAUGCCCGACUACCCCAGUACCAACCCGGGUGGUCUCAACUACUUCAGCAUGCUUUUCAGCAUCCUAAAAAUGCUCUUCAAACACCCCGUCCUCGUCCAAGCCUGUCUCGUCGGCUUCUUCGUCUCAAGCACCUUCACCUCCUACUGGACAACCCUAACCUUCCUCCUCUCCUCCCCACUCUACUCCUACGACUCCCUAACCAUCGGUCUCUUCGCCCUGAUCGGCAUCGGAGCAAUGUGUUUCGGACCCCCCUACUCCAAAGCAAUAAUCGACCGCUUCGUCCCCCUCUUCAGCGUCAUCCUCGGCCUCUCCUAUUGCAUUACAGGUGUCAUCAUCGGGACCUACACCGGCAGAUUCACGGUCGCAGGACCCAUCAUCCAAGCCUUCGCCAUCGAUCUGGGUCUCCAGACGUCGCAAAUCGCAAACAGAUCAGCGAUCUACGCGAUUGAGCCGAAAGCGAGGAAUAGGGUCAAUACGGCGUAUAUGGUGUCGGUGUUUUGCGGGCAGUUGAUGGGGACCGCGGUAGGGAAUAAGUUGUAUGCGAGGGGAGGGUGGAUUGCGAGUGGGAGUUGUAGCGUGGGGUUUAUUGGGGUGGGGUUACUCGUUUGUUCUGCGAGGGGCCCGUGGAAUGAGGGUUGGGUUGGGUGGAAAGGGGGUUGGAGUAGGACGGUGACGGAAAAAAUGCCUUGUUGGGUUUUUUAG